GCCAAUGAAAACAAAUUGCACGACUGAAAUUUCAUUAACUGCACAAUGAAAUUAGCACGAUAAUACCUUUCAUUCAUCAAAAGUAGAACUCAGCAGAAUCAACCAACAAAGAUGUAGACAACCACUCUCUCAAGAUCAUGAUGAAAGGUAAUCGAAAAUGCUCCCCACUUGUCCUUAAGCACUGAAAUCUACUUUUCUUUUUAGUCUAAAGAAGUGGCCUCCUCGACGACCCAAGUCCAGCGCUUAUAAUUACCCAUUAAUCUCGCCACCACAGUUAACCAAAUUGAUAUCUAAACUAACUAUGGCUUCCACCUUCGUCUUCUUCCUGCUAUCUACCCUUUCCUUAGCUUUCUCCCCACCAGAAGCCGAAGCUCAGAGCCUCCCACCCAUAGUAAACGGUCUCUCCUUCACCUUCUACAAGUCGACAUGCCCAAAACUGGAGUCUAUUGUUCGCAAAUUCCUUAAGGAACAAUUUGAGAAGGAUAUCGGGCUAGCCGCCGGGCUUCUUCGUGUCCACUUCCAUGACUGCUUCGUGCAGGGUUGCGACGGGUCAGUGCUGCUUGACGGGUCGGCGAGCGGGCCGAGCGAGAAGGACGCGCCGCCGAAUUUGACGCUGAGGCCGGAGGCUUUUAAGGCCAUCAAUGAACUCCGCGUUCUGAUCGAUAACGCCUGCGGUCGCGUGGUGUCUUGCGCUGACGUCGUUGCUCUUGCUGCCCGCGACUCUGUAUUCUUGUCUGGCGGUCCCCAAUACAGAAUCCCUCUCGGCCGCCGCGACGGCCGCCGCUUCGCCACACGCAACGCCACCCUCGCCAGCCUCCCAGCUCCAACCUUCAACAUCUCCACCAUUCUCUCCAUCCUCUCUCGCAUCAACCUCGACGCCGCCGAUCUCGUCGCCCUCUCCGGAGGCCACACCAUCGGCCGCAGUCACUGCUCCUCCUUCUCUAACCGGAUCUUUCCCUCGCGCGACCCCACCAUGAACCGGGCCUUCUUCGACCAUCUCCGAUUCACCUGCCCGACCGCCAGUUCCACCAACACCACCCCGCUCGACUUCCGUAGCCCUAACGCAUUCGACAAUAAGUACUAUGUUGAUCUUGUGAACAGAGAGGGUCUGUUCACUUCAGAUGAAGAUCUUUUCAUGAACUCGAAAAUUAAGUCGAUUGUGCAGUCUUUUGCGGUGAAUCAAACGCUUUUCUUUGAGAAAUUUGUGUUUUCGAUGGUGAAGAUGGGGCAGCUCGGGGUCCUGACUGGUGGGAAAGGGGAGAUCAGGGCUAAUUGUUCGGCGAGGAAUGAUGACAAGAUCGCUAUAUGGCGAGCGAUGGAGAAGGAAGGAGAUAAGGCUGUCUAUUAAGAGUGGUGGGAUUUUAAUAUUUUGUUAAAGAAGUCUGCCUAUGUAUUAACCUUCAAAAUUCUUAAGUGCUACUAGAUGUUUGGUCAAGGUUUGGUUAGGCUUAACAUGUGGCUUGCAUAUUGAAAACAUAAUAAGUUAGUUUUAAAUGAUUAAAUCUUCUACCUAAAGUUGUCCUUUAUAUUGAUUUAGGUAUUAACUUUACUCGAGUAAGUUCCAAGUAGGUGAUCAUGAACUUCAAAUAUAUAUACAUAUUUACACAAUUUUACGUGCAUAGUGCGCAAUGUUUAAUAGAUGUAUGUAGGAUUGCAUUGCACUCUUAUUUCCUUUUUAUAUGUUUUCCUUAAAGUAUAAUGUACUUAGAAUGUAAUUAGGUUUUCAAUGUAAAUGUGAAAGUCAAAUGUCAAAUGUAAAGAAUCUAGAAUGUAUUUAGAUCGAGUUGUACAAAUAGUUGUAAAAGUUGAAAGGUAAACAAUAUACAUUGGGCUCUAAAAGAAAUUAUUUUAUCUUCCUUUGA